AAUGGAGAGUAAUAGUCUUGAUACUACACAAGCACAAGAUAGACCAGCUACUAACGGUAAGAACGCAAAGAAUCUCCCUCCUGUACAAUUUUCAAAAGACCAACAUAAAACAAUUCAGCCUCCUCCAAAAGAAGUUGAGCUGCAAUUCAGGGUCUUUUCAUAUUCAUCCCAAGAAGAUGAAGGAACGGCUGAGAACUUAUCUCUCAACGGUGAUAUUGAAGGGAACCCAGGAUGGCAUAGCCAAAGAUUUUGCCAAUACCCUCAAGAAUUGAUUAUCUAUUUCAACUCUCCUGUUAAGUUAUCAAAACUAGUGCUUCUGAGUCAUCAAAAUAAGAUAGCUUCUCAGGUGGACUUGUAUUCAUACCACCCAAGCUUUGAAAACGCUAUCUCUGCGAGUAAAUAUAAGAGACUUGGAAAGUUUUCACUGGAUGAGAAUUCUAAGUCUAACUAUCAGGCAAGGGAGAGUAAGUCUGUAUACCUCGAUACAGAGUGACAAUACCUUAAGUUUAUAUUCAGCCAAUGCCAUGUUAACAGAUAUAACAUUUUUAAUCAAGUCUCAGUUCAGUCUAUUCGAUGCUACGGGAGUAUUCUCAAACAGGAUAAAAAGAAAAGUCUAGGCCUGAAUAUGGGCGAUUAUAAGGAUAUGACUCCUACUAAAGACUUGGCUUCUAACGGACUUCCUCAAAAGAUAUCAAAGUUCUACAAUGACAAAUCAUCACUGAAUAAUAGGCUAUCUAGUCUAUCUGACAAAGCACCUGUUAAGCCACUUGAAAGUAGGGAUAACAGCUUUAUUGGAAUGUUCUUCGAUGACAAGUUGCUCUCCCUUAAAAAGGAAGAAGAGAAAGCACUAUUCGAAGAUGACUUUGACCAAUUAAAGCAAGUCAGAUCUAUAAUGAAAUCUAUUAGCAAAGCUAAAUAAAAAGCUUAAUGUCCUCUCUGUACAAAAAGUUCAAGCUAUUGGUAAUGAAGACUAUGAAACAGCACAAAUGAUUAAAAAUGAAAUGAGCAAAAUUCAGAAAAAUAUCCUAACUACGAAUGAUAGGAAUGGGAAGAGAAAUGUCCUUAAUGCUUUAAAUAAAGGCAGAGGGACUACUUUAUCACCAAUCGAAUACCGAAGUCGAGCUUCUAGAAAAGAGAGUAAGGCUCAAAGUUCAAUGAACAUUAAUGAUUCAUAUGCUACGACAAAUACAAUGGGCAAACCUCUGAAUCCGAUUGCUAUAAAAUCAAUGAAAAAGAUAGAAAUUCCCCCUGAAAAUGAUAUCUUUGCUCCAAAGAAAAUAGGGUUGGAUGAAAGGGCCUUGCCAGCUCUUGGCAGAGAAACACCAAUUGAUUUUAGCAAAGUAAAUGAGGAAGAGUUUGAGCAUCAAAAGCCUGACCAAAUAAAUUCAUCUAAGAUAACCCUAAAGGUUGACCCUAGGCAUGUAUCUCACUUGGAAAAACUUACUAAUAUUUUCGGAGAAGACCUUGCCAAGAAAGUAUGUGCUGACAAAUGGUACUACCAACAGGAAGGAAUCGAGUUCACUGUCAAAGGAAUUAAGGAUAAAUUAGAAAAUCAAUCAGAUGAGGAUAAGACUCGAAUCAUCCAAUUCCUUUCAGAUAUUAUCUCAGAUUAUGAUUCGAGGGCUAAAAAUAAUGUAUCAAGAACAGGAAAAGGAACCAAGCAAAAGAAAAACAUAAAGAAUUUAAAAUAAAAGAGUAGAACUAUUUCUAAGCUUGGCAGAAGAGUCAAAUAACCUCUCUGAGAAGUAUCUAAAUGAUGUAUGAAAGAGACUACCCCACUUUGUAGACCAUACAGAUUUAAAAUCUGAAUAUAUAAAAUGCCUUCAAGAGGUUUAUAAGACUUAUGGGUAUCCUUUAAUUGAACCGGUUGUAUCUUCCCUCUUGAUCCCUCAGUUAGAGCAAAUCAAGACAAUCAUUCCGGAAGCAAAGCAAGUUCUUAAAGAGAAAGUUGACCAAAAAGACCGUAAGAAAGAACAAAUAAUGGAAGAAAAAUAAGAGAAUUGAUGUAGAACCAGCUAAGAACGCUUUCUCUAGCAGAAGAAAAUCUAAUAUAAAAAGUCGUGGUCAGGAUAGAAAGUUCAUGUGAGAAUUUUGAGAGAAAUUUGAUGAAGGAUUUGCAGAUGAGGACAACAAAGACUUACAUUACCUUGAAGACUGCCCUAAACUCACCUCCUGACCUGGAUGAGAGCAGAUAAUUGAGAAGACAUCUCUUGAUAAUCAUUUACUACAGGAAUGAAAAGAAAAAGAUAAAUAAAGCCAGUGU